AUGAACGGCGCCGAAAACGCCCACGGCUUCUACGACCAGAACGCCUACGGCGGCACUGAGCCAUUGCCGACGCGCAACGGUCCCGGGGUCCCUUCCGAACAAUACAAAAGGUUCCUCGACUUAUACCAGCUGGGCGGCUACAAACAUAAUUCGUUUGACCCCCUAUCAUCAACGGGCUCACAGCAGGCUACCAACGGUUUCCAGUCAAUGGACAUCGUCGAGCGGCCUCAGCUCGCUGUGGUCCCUCAGCAGUUUACCAAUGAUUUCCCAUCAUUGAAUAUCGUCGAGCGGCCUCAGUUUGUAAUGGGCCCUCAACAAAUCAACUGCGGCUAUCAGUCGGCAAACACUCUAGCUACCAUCACCAAUGGAGCUGUCCGGAUGUCCAACGGUGGCUUUGACGGGGGUGUGCCUCGUGCUCCGUUUGUCGACCUAGCUCCUGCGCCUGUGCAAACCGUAAGUAGCUUUCCGUUCGCCCAGUGCAUGCCAACGCCAGUGGCUUCCCCAUCCAAUACUUCUUGCCAAAGUAUACAAACCCCUCCCACUGCCAUCACUCCUUCCUACUUUGCACCUACUGCUCAACCAACCCUCAUUGCACCACCAGAGGGCCAUCUGCUACCUGUUCAGCUCACCCAGAUCUGCGCGGCUCCUGAGUCUCCAGCUCAUCUGUAUCAGACGCAGCAUACCACCUUCGACUUCGUCGGUCCAACCUCUGGCUCGAUGGCUUCAGGUAGUAAGCGCACCAUCUCGCGCGAGUCGCACCAGCAUGAGACUGCAAAGCAGCGCCGUGAACGCGAGACCCGCAUUGUAGUUGAACAGCGCAGGCUCAAGACGCCCUACAAGCUGAUCAAGGGCAUGUUCGACUACCCGAUCUCCGAGGGUACUCUCCGCGGUCGCUGGCGCAACGCUACCAAGCACCGCUCCCUCCGUCCUCGUGUCGCUCGCUGGAGUGACCGUCAGAACCGUCUCUUGGUUGACGAGGUCAAUCGCCGUAUGAGCGAGAAACCUGACGACUGGGACUUCGCCAAGAAGAUGUCGAAGAUCGGCUGGAAGGGCAUCUCCGAGCAUCUCGAAGCGCAGGCUGGCUACCAUUUCGGGUACUCCACCUGCAAGAAGCGCUACUGCUUCCUCCAGGGUAUCGACAAGGAGGGUAAUUCUCUUUCCGCCCCUGCUUCUACCACCGACCAAACGACAGACGAUUGA